CAGUGCACAUUUGUCAUCUGCACCGUUUUUCUCUGCACUUGUAUUUUGCUUUUAUUGAUAAAAGUUACGGAAACCGUGAUUACGGGAAAGAAUCCGUCUCGUUAUCGGUGGACGAUUGCUGGUGCCGCCCCCACCCACGACUCGAUAAAGCUUUCCCGCAAAACAGUGCACAGCGCCCAGUGAAGUACACGUUAUGCGGUACAAUCAUCGAAUUCCGUGGCACAGCUGGUGAUCGUCUACUGUUGGUGGCAGUGUGUGGCUGGUUGUGCAUCCGGGGACAAUUUCCCAUCCACAAUUAUUAUUCUUUGCUCCACCCCCCCACAAUUCACGAUCCAGAAGUGAAGCUUUGCCUGUCCCUUGUUUCCCGUCCGUUUCCCGCACACACACACACACGCGGAUACAGCAGGAAGACGCGCGACCGUCACACGGAAUGUCUCUCGAUGCCAGUGUACUCCCAUCGGAACUGCUGACGACGGCUGCCCCGUUGGUCGGUCUGUCCGGGCUGGACGUGCAGCGCAAUGCCGUACACAAAACGAUCUGGGAUGCGUUCAACAACGCCAAAAAGCCGGACACCGAAUCGAUCCAGUAUAAGCUGCUGCCCCCGAACUACGAAUUUCCCGUCUCGAAACCGAAACACCAAUCGUAUGAAUGGUACACACCGAAGGGCAUACUGAAGCGCAACUGGAUGCUGAAGCAUCUGCACGUCCUGCCAGCGGUGGUGGUACUGUUUCAGGACCUAGAAUGGAACGACCCCAAGUGGACGGAAAAGCAGCUACAGUGUGCCGCCACGAUACAGGUGCUAAAGAACUCGUUGCAGGGCCGUAACACGCGUAUCGCGAUCGCGCUGCUGCAACGUGGCCACUAUCUACAGCAGGGCGAGGACAUGCUCGCCUCGGAACGGGCCGCCCAGCUAACGAGCAACUGUGACAUCAACGCGAAGAUGCUGUUCGUGCUGCCGCACAACGACCAUCUGAUGGGGCACAUCUUCCGGCUGCAGUCCGCCUUUCUCGAGCUGGCCCAAGCCUACUACACGCAGAUGAUGAAACAGAUCCGGCUGCACCGGGACCAGCUAACCGAUGCGCACACGGUACUCAAGAUACGGCACCAGUUUAAGCUCGGCUUCAUCUCCGAGCUCAAGCUCGACCAAUCGAACGCACUGCGCCACUACCGGCAAACGUACACCUUUCUGGACGAUGUGCGAAUCGUGGACACGAACUGUCUCGAGCUGAAAACCAUUGCCGGCUUUGUCAAUUACAAGAUGUGCAAGCUGUUCUUCCGCCUCAACGCACCGAAAGAUUCGAUUUCGCAGUUCAAAAACCACAUCCACAAGUACCGGCCACGGUCCGGCUUUAAGGAGCUGCUGUUCGAGCAUUACGCCUGGCUCAGCGUACAGUACAGUGCGUUUGCGGAGCUGUUUUGCGACGCGGUCAAGAAUGGACUGGCCCCGCUGCAGACGCAACAUCCGGGCAUCUACUUCCACAAGGCGGCCGAAUACAUUGGGAUGCGCAAGGAAGCGUUCCUCCAGUGUACCGCCCUCGGCACGACGGGUGCAGCCGAACUGGGCUCGAUAAGCAAUUCGGCACUGUACAGUGACUUUUUCGGCAUUCGCGGUAGCGUCAAGACGGGCGAACCGGUGUCCGAGCAGCAAAUUAUCUGUCUGGUGCAGGAAAAUGAGAAAGCCUACAACCAUUCGGGCGAAAUCAUCGGUUUGCUGGGGAAGGCGAUGGCACAGUUUAAGGUGUACCGGUGUUUACGGUUUCGCAAGAAGCUGGCGAUCGAUAUGGCCGAAGAGUAUCUGAAGAGCGGGGACCAUUCGAAGGCGCUCACCCUCUACUCGCUCAUGCUGACCGACUAUCGGGUGGACAAGUGGUACACAAUCUUUACCCAGGUGCUGCUGAAAACGCUGCAUUCGGCGUACCUAUCCGCGUCGGUGCCGGAUUUUGUGGCCUGCAGUAUCGAAUCACUGUCACCGCACAUUUCCAUCGAAAAGCAGGAACGCAUACUGAUACUGGAGAACCUCUGGAAAGUGUUCCACCGCGUAUCGCCCGUUUCGAGCAGCUUGAUCGCACCGGAACUUUCCAACAGCUGGCAAACGGCGCUCGCCACCUUUAACACCCCCAUCAAGCUGGAUCUGGAUCGCCUCAACGAUCUGGUCGAGUGUCGUCUAACGUUCGAGAAGCGACAGAUCAAGAACGACGAAAAGCUUCAGCUGCUACUGUACAUCCGUUCAUUGACGGAAGUUCCGCUCAAGUUGAAAAACUUCUCCAUCCUGCUGACCGACCUCAAGUCAAGCAGUGUGCGCAUCAAUGCUUCCCAGUACGCGGAAUAUAGCGGCCCCACGGACGACCACCAUACCGCCGAAUCGACCUCGAAACCGAUCGAAGAGUUCAUACUCGAGCCGGAAAAAUGCUACCGCAUACUGUUUGUCGGUGAUCGGUGCCUGUUCGCGGAGAGCGUCGACGUGCACAUCUUUCGGCUCGAGCUGCAGAUGGGGUCGGAGAAAACGCACGCGGUGCUAUCGGUGCGCGAGAAGCUCAACGCGAGCAAAGCCUUCAAAUCGUACAAUCCGCACAGGGACUGUAUGGAAAGUAUUGGCGUUAUAAGCUCCUGCUACAUCAUUCCAACCUUCCAUCUGGGUUCACAGACCAAACCAACCAACCAGCCGAUGCUGACGAACGAAUUCCACCAGGUGACGACGAAAAUUUUCAACCAAUCCGAUCUCUGCCUGCAAAACGUCGGUGUGAGCAUCAGUGUGCCACAGUCGCUACGUAACAAUGUCUUUCUCACAACCGAUCUUAAUCAUCCGCUGCAGAAAAUCCACUCACACGUGCAGAUCGAUAUCGGCGAACUGCAGAUGCAAUCGUCAACGACCGUUUCGUACUACCUUUCCAGCCUGGUGGCGGGCAAUAUAGAGCUAAGGCAGAGGAUGUACUAUCAGAUGGAAAAUUUACACCAAAGCAAAGUGGACGCGUUAGGUGAAACCGGAACCACUAAUGGUGCUGCCGAUUCACCCUCCACGCCAAACAGCGAAAAAGAGGACCUGGCAAAGCUGCUGGCAAACGAGAAAAGCUUGCAGAAGUACGUUAACAAUCACAACGUGAAGAUAGAGCUGGUGCCCGGCGAUGAGCAGAUGGUGCGCAAGAUUAAGGAAGAUACGGUGGUGGUACCGUGCGUGGAGGAGAUCAAACUUACCGGCCGGUUUUACACGCUGAGCCGGGAAGCGUUGGCGCAGGCGUACCGGAAUGAGGACUUUUUGCUGCGCGUCAACGUGGAGAUUAAAUCGCCCGAUCCGAUCGAUAUACUCGAAACGCAGUUUAUAAGUGAUCAUAAUAUAGUGGAAAAACCGUAUCAAGGCGGUAAACCGAUCGCGGGCAGUGGUUUAAGGCCGGCCAGCCGGUUCGAGGAGCUGAAGCUGCUUAGUGCAAGCAACUGUACCCGGGAUUGGGUAUCGCGCGGUGACUUCCUGUCGAAGGACACGCAGCUCGUGUUCAGCCGAUCACGGUCGCCGGACGGAGCGACGGCCUUACCAGCGAACCGACCGGCCGAGGAGCAGUACAACAAGAACCUGCUCUCGAAACUGCCGACCAAUGCAACGAUAAUCGGUAGCACUAGUGCGCAACUAACCAACCAGAUGAACCUUUCACUAACCCAUCAUCCCUCACAUGCUGCCUUGGCCGAUACGACCACCGCCACGGACGGUGACGGUGUGUCACAAACGGCAGCGAAGGGAGGAACCACCACCACCAGCAUGACCACAUCCACCGGGAGUGUGGAAGAUUUCAAGGUGAAACCACUGCCACUGAACGAUCCGGCGGCUGCCCUGCUGUCCAACGCAUCCAAAUCGGGCCUGCUGGUGGGUGAUGAUCCGAUCGGCAAGAGCGUAACGAAAACCAUCUUCAACCGUGCGCUCGAUUGUGUGCAGCUGACGAACAACGAUCGGAACGGGUUUAUCAACGCUCAGUACAAUCGACCCGAGCCGGGAACGAACGCUUCCUCUAGCACGGUGGGCGGACCGGGCGGUGCCGGAUGGCCCGUGUUUGGGGUGUAUUGCGUACGGUGGUGCCGCUCACGUACACCAAACAUCGUGAAUGAAUCGAAAUUCAUCAUCAACGGCAUCGAAGUAAUCGAUCCACCGCUCAAUCUGUACUGCUACAUCGAACAGCGCAUGUACGUACGGUUGCCGAUGACGUUGCGCGUUACGCUGCGGAAUCCGACGCGACGAAUACUGCAUCUGCAAGCAAUACUGAACAGCUCCGAUAGCUUCAUGUUUGCCGGCCACCGACAGCUGAACGUAUCGAUCUUUGCGUACUCCACGUACGAUCUGCUGUUCAAUCUGUGCCCGCUCAAAGCCGGCUGGCAGCCGUUACCCGAACUACAGCUAGAGUAUCAAAACUUUCAACCCACUGCGCCGUCGCCACCCAACCCGGCAGCAGCGGGUGUACCCGGGACCCAGCCAGCGGUGGUGAAAUUGGAGGUGGCCACAGCGACCGGUGAGGCGGAUGUGAUAGUAGCGGACGGUGUCGAAAGCCAGCGCAAGGCGGAGCUGGCCUCGCUUGUGCAACGGUGGAUGCCGAAAAUGGUGUUUGUUCAUCCUCCAACGAGGACACUGUGAUCAACAACAAUAUAUUAAGCAGCGGCGGCACAGGAGCAACCUCUUGCAACGGGCCCCCGUCGGAUAACUAACUUCAACCUUAUCCGUAGCCCACCUUCCCAUCCGUUCCGUGUGUGUGUGGGAUGGCGCAGGGAAACGCAUACCGUUCGGUUUUGCGUUAAAAUAGUAGCGGCAAUUCAAUUUAUUUAAUUUGCGCACGUGGUGUAAGAAAGUGAAACGGAAAUCGGAAACAAAAGCAAGCGGAAAAAGGGGCAUUAUUAGGGAGGAUUUUACAGAGCGAAAGGCAAGAGGAAAUGUUAGCUGGAUUAGAGCGUGUGAAAGAUUUAUAGUUGAUUGGUGUAGCUAAAACUGAAAAGAAUGGAUACAACAGAAAGUUACUGGUUCUAGUGAUCGUUUAUGGGAAGGGAAAAAACGUUAAUAAGCUAACGCUUCAACACUCACACACACGUAGACAGGAACGCGAAAGGAAGGCGCUCUAGUGGCAAUAUUUAAAUUCCGUUUCCUUUUUCGCGGACUGUAUUGGUAGGAAAGGCGCCACAACGCCUCCAGUUCAUUUUCUUCCACUAGUACACACACACACACACACCCGGGAAACCGGAAUAAAGGUGAAUUUGAUAAUUGA